AUGAGUCAGAACUUAUCUGUCAAAAGAUGGCCUCAAGAACUAGCACUUGAAGAGGUAAUGUUGAGAAAGGUCCCAUUCUGGAUCCAAAUGAAGGGCGUGCUAUUACAUCUGAGCACAGAGGUAAAUGCCAAGAAAUUGGCAAGCCAUAUGGGAGAGGUUAUUAAGAUAGAAGAGUUGUCACUGGCUAGAGGGUUCUUAAGGGCCCGGGUGUUGGUGGAUACAGAUCACCCUCUUAUAAACGGAUGCUGGCUUCCACGUCCGGGGGAUAAGGAAUCCUGGAUCGGGUUUAGAUAUGAGCGGCUCCAAGAUUUCUGCUAUAGGUGUGGGAGGAUCGGCCAUGUUAUGACGGAGUGUACCUUUGAAAAAAGCAGGAGUGGGGCUGUUGGGUUUGGUGAAUGGACUCGGAUGAAACAACCCAGGCCUCUAUAG